ACCCAUUCCAACACUGUCAUCACCACAUAUGCCGAUGACACAUGUAUCCUAUAAGUCAAUAACGAUCCAUCUAUUGCAUCCCAAACUCUUCAAUCACACAUCACAAGUCUUGAAAAAUGGUGUCAAAACUGGAGGAUUAAAAUAAACUCCAAUAAAUCCCAUCAAAUUACCUUUACUCUUCGUCGUAAACCUAUGACUUCCUGUCCUACAGUAUCCUUUAACAAUACCCCACUUAUCCCUGUUGACCAAAUCCGAUACCUAGGACUCCACCUUGACAAACGACUCACUUGGAACCCCCAUACCAGACUGAAACGAUUAGAAACCGCCCGACGUUUCCGACUACUCCAGCACUUACUAGACAAACGCUCUAAACUGUCAACUAUUUACAAAAGACUCAUAUAUAUUACUAUAAUAAGGCCUAGUUGGAAUUACGGGAUCGAGCUUUGGGGCUCUACUAAACCAUCAAAUUCCUCUCGUAUCCAAUCCCUACAAUCCAAAAUCCUUCGUAAAAUCCUUAAUGCUUCCUACUUUGUCACAAAUAAAAUCAUCCAUAAUGACCUUAAUGUACCAUAUGUUUCCGAUUUAGCUCAAUCCAGAUACCUGUCCUUUCAUAAUAAACUUCUGAACCAUCCGAACCUUCUCGUUUCCAACCUUGCUUCCUCUUCUAUUCCUGAAUGUGAGCCUGGAACUAGCUGGAAAGAAGAUUGUAAUACUUGUUAUUGUACACCUAAUGGAGUUGCAGCUUGCACCCGCAGAAUGUGCUUCCGUGUACCAUCUAGAAAACAAUAAUUAACCCAAAGAUGCUGAAUUGACUAAUAAAGAAAAAGUUUGCAAAUCUAACUAAGAGAAGCCAAAAAUUUAGCUUAUCACAAUAUUUGAAUCCUCUUACAUAGUUUUUGGUGUGUUUUUUUUUAGUGCAACACAUUUGAUUUUUAUCAAACAAUGUAGCAGUAUCAAUCAGACAAUAUCUAAGAAACAUAAUUUCAAAAGACUGUUAUUUCUAUUAAUACUAUUAUACUUUAUACAAAAACAUUGAGUGAAAUAAACAAAUUAUUCGUUAGUUAAAAAACUAAGUAAAUCUUUAGUUAUAUAUCAUUCAUUAUUUGAAAUAAAGUUUACACUAUACUAGUCCUGCUACUUUGAAGAUAAAAUAAAAAAGCGAUGAAUGCAAUUUGUUCAAUUACAUACUUAAUUCCAACACAUUUGAUCCAAAAGAAGCCGCUGAAUGUGGGAAAAUACUGCUGAAAAAAAAAGUAUAUACAGUGAGAAAAAAAAAGUCUACAUACAUACACCUGAAUGCCAAUGCAUUAAGAAAUAAUUGAACAAAAUGAAAACAAUGUCAAAAUUGAGUGCAAAAGCAUGUUUUAAGUACAUUUAGUAAUAGCUCAACAUUCAUAUUUUUAAAAAAAUUACUUAUCUAUUUUAGGAAAACAGAAAUAAACACAAAAGUCUACACCAUACACUAGAAUAAUCACACAAAAAUUAACAAUAACUGAAAAAGUUAAUGUUAUGUUACUCGUCCCUUGCUAUAAUUACAGAAGUAAUUAUUCUAGGCAUAGAACUUUACAUUUUAUCUAAGAAGAAUAAAUUACCGCCCCAUCUGACUACACACUUCCGCAAACCAUCACAGAUCUAUCCACAUGAUUUUUUGUUCGUAGAAUAUUUUUAUUCUCCAUAAUUUAUGAAUAUCAUAACCAGACUUACCCUUUCCCACAAGUAUAAAUUUUUACAUUUGUGAAAUUUUUCAAAUUAUAAUCACUUCUUCUCAUUAUUACAUGAAAAUAGUGGCCUCUUGCCACCAAGGAAAAACCUAUGUCGUCUUAACAUUCUUGUCGCUUUAAUCUUUCUUAUUGGAAGAUAUUGAGCCAAAGCCUUAACUUAUUUGUUUUGUUUUUUUUGUGAAUUACAACUGAUUUUUUAAAAUAAAGAUUGCUUAUGGAGGUCUGAAAGUUUUUGUGAUCUACCGUUUCUUGAUUUAUUCGACAAACUUUUGUUUCAAUUAUAAUGUCUCAACACUAGUAGGACUUAUUUUUCAAUUUCUUACCUGUUAUAGGCAUAGAAAGUGGUUUCGUCGUGAAAUCGAAUAAUGGUUUCUCAUCACUAGCGGAUCCAGGAUUUAAUUUUGGGGAGGGGGCUUCAGCCCGAAAGGUUUUUUUUUCAUAUACAUAUAACGAUACUUGAUUUGAAAAAAAAAAAGAAAUUAACUACCUAUAUGAAAUGGUGUUUAAGUGGUUCUUGAAGUCCUAUUAAAUGUAAUUAAACGAACAAGAAUACUUUAAGAGAUAGUUUUUAAUAUUUUUUCUGUAAAACAUGAUUAUAUUUUACCAUUUUGGGGAGGGGGAGGGGCUUAAGCCCGAAAGCCCCGCCCGUAGAUCCGGCUGUGUUUCUCAUUCUACUUUAGCGAUUUCUUGUCACUUCAAACCCAUCUGAGAAAAAAUUAAUUUGUUGAGACAUGACCUUAUUAAUAAGUAAUUUCGUUUCAAACAUUUAACCAACUUGGUUGGUCAUGUCCAACAUGGUUGGUUGGAGACAAUCAAGUUGGUUAACACUGUAAAUUAUCUCGACCGGUUACUUGUCUGAACUUACUUUAUUUGAGAAACGUAAAAGGGUUACGUUAGCUCACGGUACUAAAUUGAUCCAACAUAAUAAUUUUUGAACAAACUAAAUUAAUGCUGCUUGUGGUCAGAAAACAUACAGUGUAUCUCGUCAGUUUGCUGUAUUAGUGUUUUUGUGUCUGCUUUUCCUUUACUCUUUGUAAUAGAAAAAAUUUCAGGACGGACUGAUAAUCUUUCCCGAUCGAUUAUAACCAAACAACGUAACUAAAAUUUCUAGGGAACAACUUUGGUUGAAAAACACCGUAUAACACGGCCUUAAUUGAAAACUACAAGAUAAAUCUUAAUAUCUUUUAUUUUAAAAAUGCAUUCUAUAUUAUUUUUUAUGAUUAUCAUUCUUAUCAUUUGAAUUUAUUAAUAAUAUUAUAAGAGUGUAUUGUAUUACUUUUUUAUACAGGAAUUCUGAAAAUUCUGUUGUGAUGAACUUAUGUGUUGAAGUUAUUUAUGUUUAUUUGUCACCGUAAUUAUUUUAUUAAUUAACAAAGAAAUAUGUGUUUAUGUAAUAUUGAAAAUAAAUGCAUUAUUAAUAUGAAAUAGUUUAAUUUUUUCUCCCUGGGAAAUCAAGAAGAAAUCGUUACCAAAGUCAUCAAGUUCCUGGAUAGUGAAAGACGUAAAAAACACAUAUGACAGGCUUUUUUUAUUUAUUUUUUUAUUUAUUAAUUUUUUUUAUCUAUUUAUUUUUAUUAUAUUUUCUCCUAUUAUUGUUUAUUUCUUUAUUUUUUCACUUGAUUUCAUUUCAUUUUAAAUUCAUUUGUUUAUUAAUCUCAAUUCAUUUAUUGAUUCUACUGCUAUUUUUUAAAGUUUAUUUAUUUAUAAAUUUUUCAUAAAUCUUAUUACCUAUAAAUGUCUAUUAUUAUCCUUAUUUAUUUAUUUUAUUCUAUCAAUCCAUUUCUUUGUUUAUUUUAUUUUUUAUUUUCU